AUGGCCACAGAGUACGAUCACGAAAACGGUCGCUACGACGACGAACCUCGUUUUGCCCGCGAUCGCAGCGCAUCUCCUCGCGAUGAACCGCGCGGCGACCGCACCCGUAGCCGUUCGCCCAACGGACGCGUCGAUGACCGCCCCCCUGUUGAUACUCGCAAGCCUCCUAUUGAUGACGAUGAGGAAGGCGCCCUCAACACUGGCUCUAACCUCUUCGUCACUGGCAUCCACCCCCGUCUGACUGAGUCGGACAUUUCGCGUCUCUUCGAGAAGUAUGGUGACGUCGAGAACUGCUCGAUCAUGGUCGACCCCCACACCAAGGAGUCUCGUGGCUUUGGCUUCGUCAAGAUGGUCACUGCCGAGCAGGCCGAUGCUGCCAAGGAGGGUCUCCAGGGUGAGGUCAUUGAAGGCCGUACCUUGAGCAUCGAGAAGGCUCGUCGCAGCCGUCCCAGAACCCCUACCCCUGGCAAAUACUUCGGUCCUCCCAAGCGCGAAGACUUCCGUGGAGGUCACCGUGGCCGUGGCGACCGUUAUGACGAUCGCCGUGGCGGUGGUUACGGUGGUAACUGGCGUCGUGGCGGCGAUGACUACCGCUAUGGCCGCUACGACUCCUACAGCGACCGUCGCGACUAUGGUGGUGGCCGUGACUACCGCGAUUACGGUCGCCGCGAUUACCGUGAUGACUAUGGUUACCGUGGUGGGGGCGGUGGUGGUGGCGGUGGCAUCGACCGCUAUGCCUCUGGCGGUGGUCGUGAGGACCGUUACAACCGCGAUGAGCGCCGCGGCGGCGGUGGUGGUGGUGGUGAAGAACGUCGUGCUGGUGGCGGUGGUGGUGGCGAAGAGCGCCGUGGCUACUAUGACCGCGAUGCUAACGCCGCUAGCUACGGAUCCGCCCCCCCUGCUCGCGAGCCUUAUGCCGGCGGCGGUGGCAGUGGUGGUGGCAGCGGCCGCUCCUACGAACCCCGUGGUGAUGACCGUUACAGCACCAGGUAG